GAGCUCCACAGCUCUGCGCUGGAGCAGCAGCUUCUGGAUCAGAUCCGAGUGGUUUUCCAGCAUGCCGUGUUUCCCGUUUGGGUGGACCGCCACACGGUGAUCUACGUUAGAAUAGCCUCCAUCGCUCCGUUUGCGCCCUACGGUCGUUUGGAGCAGUUCACCGAGCUCGUGGUGUCUCCGAAGGUCCGCGCUGGAAUCGGCAACCUCGGUGACGCCGUCACGAGAUCCGGUCUCGGUCAGCGGUUUCACUCCCAGCCAGACAGCGGCCCGUCGUCCCACUCAGAGCCAUUGUUAGAGAAUACCCCCCGCGCUGCUCCCAGCCAACAGUGGGGCGGCAUCACCGGCCUGAAGAGCCUUUUCCAUCAUAUAACUGGCACCUGUGACCCGGUUAAAGAGCAGCCUCCUGUACCCAACAUCCCUCUCAUCUUUCCCGACUCUGUCUUCAGAGUGUGCGGCGCACCUCCAGACUCUCUUUGCACCAUAGGUCACGUCGCGGCUGGUGUCGUUCACGUUUUUCCUUGGCGACCCAAUCCGAACACAGCCGUUCGAGGAAGCCAGCCCGUCGUCACCUACGGCCGUCUUUCCAAGGUGUCGUCCCCCAGAGAAGCGAAAGACAACGCCAAGCAGUCCACGGAGAAGAGGAAGAGCGCAGCAGGGGACAAGGACGGAGGCGCGAACGGAGGAGCCGAGGCGAAGGAGGAAGACGCUACGGUAGUCAGGGUCGUGUGCCAUGAUGCCGAGAUGCUGGAGAAGGCUCGUAACAAAGGGGGGAUCCAUAGCGGAAAAGCGUGGAUACCGCAGCCUCUGGCCAGCAAGUUGAACAUCCAGCCACAUUCAGCAGUGAGAAUUAAACCCGUGAAACCAGUCAUCAAAGUAGCCUCCAGCGUCCGCCUGCAGCCUCUAAUACCUCUGGCCGAGGAGGACGAUGAAGAGAUCCAGACGGCUUUCCUCGGCUGGCUGCACACAAAGAGUCACGAACCUUUGGCGUGUCUGACUCCUCGCUCUGGCACGGUCCUCCUACACGCAAGUGAUGCAAAGCUGGAGUUAUGUGUGACGGUGCUGAAACCGGAGCCAGACAACGAUCCUCCAGACCUGCUCUUUCUACUGGCACCCACCGUUCUCCAGAAGGAAGACAUACAGGUGGACAGAAAGACAAUAGCGCAGCCCGAGCCAAAAGCUGAAACAGAAGCACGCGAACCAGAGCUCCCCUCCCUGCAAAUACUUGGUGGGAUCGACGAUCUUAUUAAGACUGGAUUUGAGUUCAUUUCCCAUAACCUGCUGGUUAGUCCCCUCUCAAGGGAACUCUGUACCUCUGGAGAGGGACUCAAGGGAGGAGCGCUGCUCAUCACUGGCGCUAAGGGGAGUGGGAAGAGCUCUUUGUCCCGGGCCCUUUGCAGAAAGGCCGGAGAGGAUUUGGACGCACACGUGGAGGUGCUGGACUGCAAAAAGCUGCAAGGCAAAAGGGCGGACACUGUGAGGCAGAUUCUACAGGACACCUUUGAACAGGCAGAGUGGGGACAACCCUCUGUGGUCCUGCUCGACGACCUGGAUCAUUUGACUCACGCGCCCACCUCGCCUGAACACGAGCACGGGCCUGAGGCGCUCCUGCAGCAGCACGUUGCACAAAGCCUGUGCGACGUCGUCGAUGAGGUGCUGCUCCAUUCCGGCCUGGUGUGUCUGAUCGUCACCAGUCAGAGCGAGCACUCCCUCCACCCCUCUCUCACAGAAGUCCGGGGGUCCCACCUCAUCCAGGGAUUUGUAAACAUCCAGCCUCCGGACCAGGCCCGGAGAGCUGCCAUCCUGCACCGCCUGAUCCUGAAGAAGUCCUUCCUGUCUGAGGGGACCCUGAAGGAUCUCGACCUGGAGGCUGUUGCCAAGAAGACCGAGGGAUACACAGCCCAGGACCUCUCUGUGUUGUUGGAGCGGGCCGUCCAUGCUAGCACGACGCAAAGGGCCCACAGUGAUCAAGUUGUUCGCACCCUUUAUCUCUCAGGCGUCUGUCUGUCAUGGAGGGACUUUGCGCACGCUCUCAUCGGGUUCACGCCUCCGUCGCUGUGGGGCGUGGACCUUCACACGCCGAGUGCCGCCGGGCUGGAAAGAGUGGGAGGACUGCGGGAGGUGCGACGGCAACUGAUGGACACCAUCCUGCUCCCCGCUAAGUACCCAGUCCUCUUCUCCGGUCUUCCUAUCCGCCAUUGCUCAGGAAUCCUUCUCUAUGGAGCUCCAGGGACCGGGAAGACGCUUCUGAUCAGGGCCGUGGCCAAAGACAGCGGGAUGAACUUCAUCAGCAUCAAGGGACCUGAACUUCUGAGCAAGUACAUCGGAGCCAGUGAGCAAGGAGUCCGGAACGUCUUCCAGAGGGCACAAGCUGCCAAGCCUUGCAUCCUGUUCUUCGACGAGUUUGACUCUCUGGCCCCGAGGAGAGGCCAUGACAGCACAGGAGUAACCGACCGUGUGGUCAACCAGCUGCUCACUGAGCUGGACGGGGUGGAGGGGCUGCAGGGCGUGUACGUGCUCGCAGCCACCAGCCGUCCAGACCUAAUAGACCCGGCCCUGCUGAGACCGGGACGACUUGACAAGUCCCUCUACUGCCCGCCUCCAGACCAGGAGGCUCGUGUUGAGAUCCUGAAGGCCCUAAGUUGUGGCCUCUGUCUGGCUCCAGAUGUUGACCUCGAGCAGCUGGCGGCAGAGACGCAGCAGUUCACCGGGGCGGACCUAAAGGCUCUGCUCUACAACGCUCAGCUGGAGGCCGUCCACAGCUCAGGCGUCAGCACGUCACAUGAGCUGACUUCGGCCUCAGACAGUGACAUGAGCCUGUCCUCCAUGGUCUUCCCAAAUAACAGCAGCGGCUCAGACGACUCGGCCGGAGAAGGAGACCAAAGCGUGGUGCUGGACCAGCCGACGGUUCUCCUGGAUCCCUUGGAGCACGAGGAACGCCACGGUAACGUCUGGAGGCUUUAUUUUGGAAGUCCUCCUGACUCGGAGACUGGAAACUCCCCGCCGUCAAGAGAGGAUUCACCAUGCGCCUCCGGACCCAACUCCAGAGAGCCGGGCAGCCGUCUCCAUCCCGCUUACACGUCCUCCAUCCAAAGCAGAUACAGCGAGCCCGGCCCAGAGCAGCUGGAGCGCCUGCAGCAGGACAUCAACACCAUCAAGAACAGCUACAGGAAAGGACACGAAGCAUUUGUUUGGACGCGUCCAGCCUCCAGCCCGCCGGGCCUCCUGCUGUCUGAGGCUCACAUUAAGUGUGCCCUGGCCGUGACCAGACCCUCGCUCAGCCCCGCCGACUGGAGCAAAUACACUAAACUGUAUGAACGUUUUGGGGGUUCAGAUGACAGAUCGCUUCCCCAUGUCAUGUUUCCACCAGGACAACGUGUCACUUUAGCCUGACGGCAUGCAUUCGCCCUGAACAUUACAUUCAUAGAUUAAAUCAGUGUUUGGUCAGGUUUUUUUUUUUCUACUAAUGUGGUGAAAUAAAGAUUUAAUCUCUAAUAUGUAAUUAUUGCACAUAUGUAUAAUUUCAGAUUUUGUAUAAUUUUGAAAUGUAAAUAAUAAA